AUGAUGAACCUAUUUCAAAGAGUCACCGCCACGGUCACCCAAUCUAUCGAUAAGGUGGUCGAUCAGCUUGAAAAUCAGGAUGCCGUGGCACAAGCCACGCUGCGACAGGUCCGCAAAAAUGCCGCUGAGGCGAAAGUCAGACUUGCGGCGCUGGCCCGGGAUCGGGACGAACUCGCGGCGAAACUCGAGAGCCUGCAACAAGUAGCCCGGCGCUGGGCUGAACGUGCGGCGAAAAUCGGUCACGAAGAUGAAGGUAAAGCGCUGGAGUGUCUGCGGCGCCGGCGUCACGCUCAAACCCAGAUCUCUCAGACCGAAACUGUUUUGGCAGAGUACGACGCUCGAGUUCAGCAGCUGGGUGCCAGUGUUGCGCAGAUGGAUGAGCGGCUGCUGUCUCUGACACAGAAACGCGACGUAUUGCGCACGCGCGAUGCGGUCAGCAAUGCGCAGGGUGCUUUACGUCGCCUUCAGGAUCAGGACUGUGAUGGACUUGAUGCGGUCUACGCGCGUUGGGAAGCUCGCCUUCUGGCGGAUGAAUACAUCACCCCGGUGGUUGCGCCAACAGAUGAUUUUGAGCGCGGCCUGAAUGAUGAAGAGGAGCAGUUGACGUCCCUUGCGGGCGUCCUGCGAACAUUGGGUGCGCUCGUGGUCGUUGCGGGUUUGUGCUCGCAUCUGCUUGAAGGCUGGAGCGCCUGGGGUGACCUGAGUCGAUUGUAUGUUCUGCUGGCUGUCACAGGCGCGUUUGCCUUCACUGGUUUUGCGAUCAGUGCGCAGCUGCGAGAGCAGAAAGGUGCCCGUGUCUUUGUCAGUCUUGGUCUGGUGGCGGUGGUGGCCAGUUUGACAACCUUAGGCGGUUUGUUGGAAGAAAUUAUUUCCUUCUCCGGGUCGCAGCCUGGCGGCGGAUGGUGGGUUGAUACGGUUGCUCUGCAGUCUUACACGCCUGGCCAAUUAGGGAUGAUGUUCAGCAUAGUGCUGCUCACCCUUGCCCCCGUUACCUGGAUGGCCUAUCGGGUGCUUGCUCGCGCCCGGGCCAGGCAAUUGUCUUUGCUGUUUGCGUUCAGCAGUCUGUUGAUCUGCCUGCCUGCACGAGAGUCAUGGCCGCUGGGGCUGACCAUUCUCAUCAGUCUGGUGCUGCCAUGUUAUUACACUAUCCGGGCGCUUAGGAGCCAUAUUGUCUUUGCAACAUCGGAAGGUCGAUUUGCGCUGUUGAGUUUGUUUUUUCCAGCGAUUGUCAUGCUGGCUCGGUUGUUCUGGCUUUAUGAAGCGGACGUUCUGUUGUCCUGGAUGUUGCUGAGCAUAAGUUUUGUGGGUAUCCACCUGCUGCGGCUGCAGGACUUGUCGAAAUCGUUUUAUCGGCCGCUUUUAAGUGUCGCCGGCCUUGCUGUUUUUACGGGCGUGGGAAUGGCGACACUGUCGCUGCUUGAUCCUUUGCUUGCUGAUGAGCUGAUACUGUCCCUUGGCGGCUUGCUGAUCGGUUUUGCAUUGUUCUGGAGCGGUAGCGUCCAUCCCAGAGUGAAAUCUGGUUUUGAGGUGCUGGCCGGUCUCUGUGUAGCCAUUGCCGUGAUUGUGAAUCUACUGUUCAGUGAUGCCUGGCUCGCCGCUGGCGCGGGCGUGUUUGCAGGACUGUUUGUGGGUCUAUGUGGACGGCAGUUGAUCAACCCGCCGGUAAUUGUGAUUGGCGCUGGAAUGAUGCUGGCAUCGGUUUUAGCACAGUUGCCCGAGUUAGGUCGUUACAUUGACUUUACGCAUUGGAUUACCCUUGGGGUGUUGGGCAUGUCUCUGCUCGGCGUCGCCGUGUAUGUUGAGAAGCGACAGAACAUAUCUGUGGACACCAGUCCUGACGAUGUGCUUUAG